CAGCGCACAUGACCGGAACCCGAUCACAUGACCAGUGUUUUCAAAGAAAACUUGUACCCAUUCACCCAACCCGGUCGUGGCUGAGAUCCUGCGUUUUAUUACUUCUUCAGGUUGCACAGUGUCCUGCUAUCAGUGAAAAGUCAUGAGACUUGUGAUUCUGGAUGACUAUGAUCUGGCCAGCGAAUGGGCUGCAAAGUACAUCCGCAACCGGAUCAUCCAGUUCAAACCCAGUGCUGACCGCUACUUCACUUUAGGACUUCCAACAGGUAGCACACCCCUCGGCUGCUAUAGGAAACUGAUUGAGUAUCACAAAAGCGGAGACCUGUCCUUUAAAUAUGUGAAGACCUUUAACAUGGACGAGUACGUGGGUCUGCCCAGAGAUCAUCCAGAGAGUUAUCACUCCUACAUGUGGAAUAACUUCUUCAAGCACGUCGACAUUGAACCCCAAAACACUCAUAUACUGGACGGCAACGCCAGCGACCUGCAGACCGAGUGCGAAUCCUUCGAGCAGAAGAUCAGUGCUGCUGGAGGCAUCGAGCUCUUUGUGGGAGGCAUUGGUCCAGAUGGGCACAUCGCCUUUAAUGAGCCUGGCUCCAGUCUCGUGUCCAGGACCCGAGUGAAGACGCUGGCCAAGGACACCAUAGUAGCCAAUGCACGCUUCUUUGGGAACGAUCUUUCCAAAGUGCCCACCAUGACUCUAACAGUUGGAGUAGGAACAGUGAUGGAUGCCAGAGAGGUAAUGAUUCUGAUCACAGGGGCUCAUAAGGCCUUUGCCUUGUAUAAAGCCAUCGAGGAGGGUGUGAACCACAUGUGGACGGUCUCUGCCUUCCAGCAGCAUCCACGGACCAUUUUUAUUUGCGAUGAAGAUGCAACGCUGGAGCUCAGGGUCAAAACCGUGAAGUAUUUUAAAGGCCUGAUGCACGUCCACAAUCAGCUAGUGGAACCGACGCUCAGCGUGAAGGACUACAUGGAUUGAUAACGUAUGGAAAAAAUGGCAGAAAUCACAACAGCAUCGAUGUGAAUGAGUGAUGACUGGCCUCGGGGACCACAGCAGUCUUAAUGUGUUUAUAAGCCUACACCAGCAUAACAGGUAGACGUCGUGCCAUAUUCACACACUCCAGUUGAAAGCAUUUGUGGUUCAUUUGUAGGCCAGUGUUAAAAGGGAUUGUCAGAAACACUCUUUCCUUAAAGUCUACUGUUUUGGAUGACACUACAACACUCCUUGAAUCACAUUAUUAAAAAAACAAAUCUGUUACAACCCCUUUUUACAUUCUGAGAAAGUGCACCUAUCAUUUAAUCUGUACUAUAGUUUAAAGGAACACUCCACUUUUUUUAGAGGGGGAAAUCCAUUAUAAAUCCAAGUCCCUUACAGUCCAUUACAUUAGCAUCUUUUCAUUACUGGUAAAUAGUUGAGUUUGACCAUUUUUAAUCCAUUCAGUCAAUCUCUAGGUCUGGCAAAAGUACUUUUAGCUUAGCUUAGCAUAAUGUAUUAAAUCGGGUUAGACCAUUAGCAUUAUUUCAUUUUAUAAGUUCAUUACAGUUAAACAGUUUAGUUUUACCAUUUUCAAUUCAUUCAGCCAAUCUAUUGGUCUGGCAGAAGCACUUUUAGCUUAGCUUAGCAUAAUGCAUUGAAUCGGAUUAGACCAUUAGUAUCUUUUCAGUUUACAAGCCCAUUACUGUUAAAUAGUUGAGUUUUACCACUUUUUUUAUUCCAUUCAGCCAAUCUCUUGGUCUGACAGAAGCACUUUUAACUUAGCUUAGCAUAGCAUAAUGCAUUGAAUCGGAUUAGACCAUUAGCAUAUUUUCAUAUUACAAGUCCAUUACAGUUAAGUUGCUGAGUUUUACCAUUUUAGUCCAUUCAUCUGAUCUCUUGGUCUGGUGGAAGCACCUUUAGCUUAGCUUAGC